AUGUCAGCAGAUGACUUCCCCGCGCGCCAAUCCGCGCGCCGCCGAGUACGGCUUGAGAUCGAGACCAGGCCUCCCCUAGCCGGGCGCUGCCGCCGGCGCAGCCUCCUCGCCUGCGCCUCGCCGCCGCCAGGCCCAGCAAGAUCAGCUCGACCUACGGACCUCGUGAGCAAAUGCACUACUGUACGUCACGUGGUGAAGGCCGGCGCGACCUCCCGCCCUGGACGUCACGCGGCACACCUCGACGCCUUCGUCGAGGUGAAGCUGGGCAACUACCAAGGUCGUCACCAGGGUCCCUCGAGAAGAACAAAGCCACGCUCAAAACCAGGUCUUCGCCUUUCCUGCCCAGGAUGCGCCUGCCAGGCCCACUUCCUGCGAGGUCUCGUCAAGGACAAGGACCUGGUCACCAAGGACGACUCUGGUCGCCGGGUCGGGUUCGACCUGGCGGAGAUCCCGACCCGGGUCCCGCCCGACAGCCGCUGGCGCCCGCAGUGGUACCAGGCUCGAGGACAGGAGGGGGCUCAAGCUAGAGAGGGCGAGAUAAUGCUGGCCGUCUGGGAUGGGCAGCGCCAGGCCCGACGAGGCUUCCCGGACGCGUGGCACUCCGACGCGCAUUCGUCUGCUGCUGGCGGGCCUGGCGCAGCACCGGUCGCAAGGUCCUACUUCUCGCCAAGCUUCAUGCACCUCCGGGUCCAUCGCCAUGAGGCGCAGGAACCUAGGCCGGCGGACGCCGUCCCGCCCGCCGCCGGACGCCUUCCUCAAGUCCAGCUCGGGGGGCAGCUGCGCCGGACGCGCUCCUCUGGCCCGUGCGCGUUCGGCGAACGCCGGUCUGGAAACGGAGGACUGAUCCUGGUGGCGUCGGAGCCGUUCGACGAGCCGCUGGUCGUAAACGUCGAGGACCGGGUGGGGCCCGGGAAGGACGAGUCCCCUCGGCUGGUCGUGCUGCCGCUGUCGGCCGUGGCGGUACGCACGCGGACCCGACCAAGCAGCAAGGCUCGUCGAGGGCGCGAGUGGUUCAGCUUGAGCAAGGCGCGAAGGCUCCGUCGGGGACGGCGACGAACAGGAGGAGAAGAAGCAGGAGUCGCAGGUUUAGAGGGCAAGAUUCACCUGCGGAUCUUUCUCGAUCUCGGGUACCACGUCCUCGACGAAUCCACGCACUACAGCAGCGAUCUCCGCCCGUCGGAGAAGAAUAUGCGGAAGCCUAGCAUCGGGAUGCUCGAGCUCGGGAUACUGAACGCGAGGAAUCUGAUGCCGAUGAAAGCCAAGGAUGGGCGAGGCACUGACGCGUACUGCGUCGCAAAGUACGGACCCAAAUGGGUGCGGACACGGACGAUCCUCAGCAGCCUCGCGCCCAAGUGGAACGAGCAGUACACUUGGGAGGUGUUCGAUCCGUGCACGGUGAUCACCGUCGGAGUUUUCGACAACAACCACAUAGAGUCUAGGGACCAGAGGAUUGGUAAAAUCCGGAUUAGGCUGUCGACACUGGAGACUGAUCGAGUUUAUACACAUUACUACCCCCUGCUAGUUCUUCAACCCUCAGGGUUGAAAAAAACCGGGGAGCUUCAUCUCGCGGUUAGAUUCACUUGCACUGCUUGGGUUAACAUGAUGAGUUUAUACGGCAAGCCUCUUUUGCCUAAAAUGCAUUAUGUUCAGCCGAUCCCAGUGGUUCAAUUGGAUUAUUUACGACACCAAGCGAUGCAAAUUGUAGCGUCGAGAUUGACUCGAGCUGAGCCACCCUUGAGAAAGGAGGUGGUUGAGUACAUGCUCGAUGUAGAUUCGCAUAUGUGGAGCUUGAGGAGGAGCAAGGCGAAUUUCUACCGGAUCACCUCGCUUCUCUCUGGAAUCGGAGCGACAGUGAGGUGGUACGAUAACAUUCGAAACUGGCGUAAUCCGAUAACCACGGUUCUGGUUCAUGUGUUGUUCUUGAUACUGGUUUGUUACCCGGAGUUGAUAUUGCCGACGAUUUUCCUGUAUUUGUUCAUGAUUGGGGUGUGGAACUAUAGGUUCAGGCCGAGAAAUCCAGCGCAUAUGGAUGUUAAGCUGUCGCACGCUGAGCUGGUGCAUCCGGAUGAGCUGGACGAGGAGUUUGACACUUUUCCGACGAGUAGAUCACCGGAGAUAGUGCGAAUGAGGUAUGAUAGGAUGAGGAGCGUGGCGGGGAGAGUACAGGCGGUGGUGGGGGAUUUGGCGACGCAGGGGGAGCGGGCCCACGCGCUGCUCAGCUGGCGGGAUCCGAGGGCGACGGCCAUAUUUGUUAGUUUUGCCCUGAUUUUUGCGGUAUUUUUGUAUGUUACGCCGUUUCAGGUGGUGGCAGUGAUAGCCGGAUUGUAUUUGCUCCGGCAUCCGAAGUUUAGGAGCAGGUUGCCGUCCGCGACGUACAAUUUUUACAGGAGGUUGCCGGCGAAGAACGAUAUGUUGCUGUGAGCUAAGUUGAGAGCAGGGUUUGGGCUUAUGUGUAAUAAUGAGAAAUUAGCUUGAAUGAUUUCAUGGUGGGCUGUUUCGUUGUUAUUGUUGAUUGCAUCGUUGAGGUUUAGUUGCAUAUAAUGCUAUAACAUGAAGUUGUAUUUGCAGCUUAUUGGUUCAAAUUUUUAACAUCGGUUGAAUUUGA